UAGAACCAGUUUUUCACUCUAUAACACAUUUCUCUCACUUUAUGGAAGUUCUUCAGAACCAAACAGUAGCCUCCUCUUCACCCCAAACCCCGCUCAUACUAUUAGACUCACACCAACAGGAAGAACUAAACGACACACCGCUCAACCGCUCCCUCCACCGCUUAGAAACCCUUCUCAGAAUCUUUGGCUUCUGUCAAUACUCUGUUUUGAGCUUCACUCUCUCAUGGGUCUCGUUUCUUCUUCUGGGUGUUGCGCUUCCGCUUUUGGCAAUCGAGCUCUCUCCUUGUUCUGAUUGCGAAAAGUAUGAGAUCAAAAGCUUCGAGCUUGAGAUUCUGGUUUCCCAGUCUCUUGUGGCAGCCAUUUCUCUGCUCUGCAUUUCUCGCAAUCUUCGCAAGUAUGGUUUGAGAAAGUUUCUGUUUGUGGAUCGUUACCAUGGCCACAUGGCACAGUUUCGUGAGGAAUACUUGCAGAAGAUCAACGGUUUCUUCCGCUUGUUGGCAGUGUGGCUAUUACCAUGUUUCCUUUUGAGGGCUGCUCGGGAGGUGAUUCAUACUGUAUAUGUGCACAAUUAUUCAUGGUGGCAAUCCGUUGCUACAUUCUUUGCCUUUAUGGUAUCAUGGACUUAUUCAGCCAUAAUCUAUCUAUCAGGGGGUGUUCUUUUCAAUUUGGUCUGCAACUUGCAAGUAAUACACUUUGAAAACUAUGGGAAGCUUUUGGAGAGGGAUCUAGAUGUUUCAGUAUAUAUAGAGGAACACACUCGUCUAAGGCAUCAUCUUUCUAAAAUUAGCCACAGGUUCCGGAUUUUUCUGCUUCUGGAGUUCUUGUUUGUGACAGCUACUCUAUUUGUGUCUCUUAUAGAGACCACAGAAAAUCGUGGAAUCAUCAACUUCACCAAUGGCGGUAAUUUUGCAGUCUUAUCCAUUGUUGAGCUUCUUGGGAUCAUAAUUUGCCUGCAUUCAGCUGCAAAGAUUUCACAUAGAGCACUAAGUCUUGCAUCAGUUACAAGCAGAUGGCAUGCUUUAGUUACAUGCAACUCCAAUGAUGCUUCUCAACGGGGAAGUUCAAACAAUGGCGGGAGCUUGGAGGCUGCUUUUCCAGCAGGUUCAUUGCCUAUAAACUACUCAGAAAGUGAUCUGGAUUCAAUCGAUUUUGUUCCAGUGCCCACAAAUACUCAAUUGGCCUCAUGCAUGUCAUCUUAUCAUAAAAGACAAGCUUUUGUUCUGUAUAUGCAGUCCAACCUUGGUGGGGCAACCAUAUUCGGAUGGACGAUCGAUAGGGCGCUGAUUAACACAAUUUUCUUCGUCGAACUCUCGCUCGUUCUUUUUGUACUUGGGAAGACGAUAACUUUCACUACCACAUGACAGUGUGAGGAACCCAGAGGCAUUUUUCUUCAGUCCUUCCUGUUUCCAAGACCAGCAGUAGCACCAAUUCCACCAGCAAGAGUGGAAACUAUAUUGCUGCUGGGUAUUGUUGCUAUCUCUGAUCCAGAUUUCAAAUAUAGGUAUAAUUGACACAAAGAGGGAUUAUACAGUUGGACUAAUACUUGUGUAAGACCAUUUAAGAAACGAAGUGCACCCGCAAACUUGAUGUUGAUUGUAGCUAGUUUUGUUGACCAAGUUCUGUUUAUAAUCCAAAAUAACU